AUGCAAAUCUUCGCAAGUAUCUUCAUCGUGGCUACCCUCGCAUCCGGCGAGAUUGAAUGGAGCAAGAUUACCCUCGAGCCCGCAAUGACUCCCACACCAACUGGCCUGGACCUGUCCGGCAUCGUCCUUGACGGUCCAGGCACAACGCCAGCCGCAGUUGGCAUCGACUUGUCAGGCUACACCCUCGAGCCGCCGGAGACUGACACUCCUGCGGCCGCAGACCUGGAUUGGUCCAGUGUCACUCCCGAGGGAACGACAAGUCCAACAACUGUGGCUCCCGAGUCAGAUACUCCGAAGGCUGCUGAAGACUCUCCAGCUGGCACCGUCUGUGCGGCUAGCACAGGGUGGCCAGCGGAGCUAGUUGGAGUUCUGAUUGCGAUCAGCGUACUCGGGUUGAUCGCCAACUGCGUGCAGCUCUACUUCCUAAAGAAGGUCAUGAGCAGGAAGCUGGCCCGAGAGGAGGUCGACAUCGAGAUGGGCGACAGAUACCGGACCCAAGAAGGGACAGAGGCAUCGGUGAAAGAGGUUGGAGUCGACCUCUAA